GCCAACUGUUUAUGUCAGUCCUCUAUACACACUUCUCGUUUAUAUGUUCCGUCACUUUCCUCCACACUCUCUUAAGUCUCCUCACCCACCGCUCCUUCGCACAGUUCUGCUCCUCCUUCCCGGGGAGUCCCUCCCGCUAUCUCUCCUCCCGCUGGAGCACUUCGACCUUGCCGACCUUGACGGCCGCCGUAACCUCCUCCUUCCCCUAUCCCAUUCUCUUCCCUCCCCUAUCGCUCCUUCGCCUCGAAGGGUCUCAUAAGCUAGGCGUUAUCCCGGACUUACUUAGCGACCUCCGUUCGCGAUUGUCUGACUCUGUUAACUACUUCAAGCUGGACUAAUCUCCUCGCAACAAUUCUGCCGGAAUAGCUGCCGCGAAGCUGUGAAACUGUCAGUUAGGCCGGCUGUCUGGCAGAGUGGACCGCCAAUCGAGGGGGUAGCCGGUAGGGUUGUCGGCCGGUAGGGUGGUUGGCCGUUAGGGUUACCGGCGGGGGUCGGCUGAUGGCACACGGCAUGGACGGCGGCAGAGACUGCGGGGAGAGAGAAGCGGGGUCGUCGCGCGUGUGCAUCAACGUGGGCGGCACGUGCUACGAGACGACGGUGGACACGGUGACGCAGAGGGACAGCGACUCCAUGCUGGCCGCCAUGUUCAGCGGCCGCCACGCGCUGCACUACGACAGCGCCAACAAGUCGUCGGUGUUCAUAGACCGCGACGGGCGUCACUUCCGCCACGUGCUCAACUGGCUGCGGGACGGCGCCGUGCCACUGCUGGACGUGGCGCUCUUCCACGAGCUCAUGCGCGAGGCGGAGUACUACCAGCUCGGGGAGUUCCAUGGUCAGCUAGUGGCGACGCUCAAAGUGGAGGACGAUGAUGUGCCAGAGCUCAGCCGCAAAGAGGUGAUUAUGGCGAUUCAAAGCAAGCGAGUGCGGCUACGAGGGGUCAACCUCAGCGGGAUCAACCUCUCCAAACUGGAUCUCUCGGCUGUGGACUUCAGCUUCUCUCGCCUCGUCGGCACCUUCUUCUCCCGGGCCAACCUGCAGUGCGCUCUCUUCCGAGAGGCGGUGGCGGACGGGUGCAACUUCCACAAUGCGACGCUCAAGGAGUGCGACUUUGAGAAGGCCACGCUGCGCUCCGCCGUGCUCUCUGCCGCCACGCUCGCCAGUGCCAACUUCCAAGAUGCGUGUCUCGUAGAUGCGAGCCUGUGUGGGGCGGACCUUCGAUCAGCGCACUUGCAGAAUGCGGACCUGACGAACGCGAACCUGUCCUCUGCUAAUCUGGAAGGCGCUAACCUUAAAGGAGCAAAGUUGAAUGGGGCGAACUUAGAGGGGGCGAACUUACAGAGGGCAUACCUGCGAGGGGUGGACUUGAGAGACACGAUGCUAGGAGGAGCGAACCUGUUUGGUGCAAAUCUGCAAGGGGCCACCCGGGGUAACUAGCAACACCAACAACAUCAACGCAUAAUUUCAGCUGAUUGCGAGCUUAGCCAACAACCAUGCCAUGUGCAUUCUGCUUGCAAGCAUGUGCAGUUGUAACUGUUGGAAAUGAUAGAAGGACUUGAGGCAUUUCCGGAGUCUCGUGUGAGUGUACGAAAUACGCGAAGACUACAACAGCGAGGAUUACUGAGUCAACACUGCUACAGUACCCCCGACGAUUCACACAGAUAGAAGACACCUCAGAGAUUACGAAAGGGCAACGGUCGCAGUCCGUUGACCAUGCAACUCAACACUCAGAAUCGCAAGAGUCAAGAGUCUAGAUUGGUUUUUAGGAGCCCUGAUGAUCGCUCAGGAGGAUCCCCCCUGAGUUUUUCUCUGUUUUUUCAGGGUUGGUCCCCAAAAAAAUCCUCGUGAAUUAGGACUCAUAUAUUAUUGUGACACGACCUCAGAGGAGUGUGCAGUGCAGUCGUCAUAGCAUAUCAUAGCUCCAUAGUACAGCACACUAGAUAGGGCAAAUACAUGGCAAGGGAACAAGGGUGAGCAGGCCAUGCUAGUUAUCAAAGCAUGGGAGGGAAGGGUGGGCAAGUUGGAACAGAAAAAUGCAAAUGAGACUAGGUGGCA